CAGACCUAGACUUAGACUUAGACUCAGACUUUAUUGUCCACAUUUCGUAGAAUAAAAACAGACCACAGGUAAUAACUGUAGUAAGUACGGAAGCCCUGAGAGGCCAAACACUCACAUUGUGUUUAGGACAGCAGAGGCUUCCCAGUGAGAGUGGACGUAGCCCGGUGAAGCUAAGCUGAAAGUUACCUGAACUAUUUAAAGGCGGUGAAGUCACGCCGUCACCUCUCACCUGGUUAGACACAGUAAGCCAGGUAAUCUCCCUGCUUCGUCCUGCGGUCCAGUAAUCGGAUUAACAGGUGACAGCAGCACAGAAAGCAACAAAGAAACACGGAAAACCAACAACAGGAGGAACGAGGAGCAGAACGUGGACCUGAGCAAGAACCGAGGAGAUUCUGGAGGACGUUCUGGAGGACGGGCUUCUUCUUUGUGUCUGCAUGGAUCAGAGCGAGGUCAACGGUUGAUGCUGGAUUUGUGGAUCCAUCACCUCUUCUUCAUCCAUCCACCCGUCCAUCAGCUGCUUCUUCAUCCAUCCACCCGUCCAUCAGCUGCUUCUUCAUCCACCCGUCCAUCAGCUCUUCUUCAUCCACCCGUCCAUCAGCUGCUUCUUCAUCCAUCCACCCGUCCAUCCAGCUGCUUCUUCAUCCAUCCACCUGUCCAUCAGCUCUUCUUCAUCCAUCCACCCGUCCAUCAGCUCUUCUUCAUCCAUCCACACACUUCCAAAGCCUGGCUGUAAAUUGGAACGUGUAUCUCUGUGCUAACUAUCUUGUUUAAACUGGUAUUGGGCCGAGCUGUUUACUCGGGUUCUAAGUCACCUGGACACAUUUGGUUAGCCUGGCUGUAACCUGGCUGAGUGUGUGUUCAGUAUCAUUAGCUGCAGCUGUUAGCUCCACAAACAUCAACAUAUCCUGGCGAUGGAUCCAGACAGAGAAGAAGCUGAGGUGUUUUCAGACACAGAAGACGCGAGUCCUCUGAUGGCAGAUGAAGAAGAGGAGAAGGCUGAUGAGGAGGAUGAAGAAGAGGAUGAGGAUGAGGAGGAAGAUGCCAGGAUCUUCAAUGCCUGGAUGCAGCGGUACAGAGGUGGAGAAUGGCAGGAGAAGAUCGGAGAAGAAGAAGAGGAGGAGGAGGAGAAGGAGGAGGAGGAGGGGAAGUCAGAGCGAGGAAGAGCCGGAAGCAGAAGCAGCAUCGAGCCACCGGUCCGAUUGAGGGCCGACCGCCGGGCGUCGCUGCCGUGUCCGGCUACCCUGUCGGCCAUGCAGCUGUCUCGUCUCCACUCGUCCACCCAGGCUCCGGUGACGGCGAGGGUUCUGCUGCAUCGCUCCUCUUCACGCCGCCUCCUCCCAUCACCGCAGGAAGCCGUCGCCCCCACCUCCGAGCGAAGACCCUCCCUCAUAACCACAAUCCCAGAGGCCACAGUGCACGAGAGGCGGGGCACGUUCAGGAGACGCAACGUCAUGUCGCUGAGCGAUGCAGACAGUGUUUGCCUCAUCUGUCACAACGACUUGAACCGAGGAACCGGUGGCACCAGAGAGCUGCAGUGUGCACACAGCUUCCACAAAGAGUGUAUAGAGGAGUGGUUGUGGAGGAAACAGUCCUGUCCUACAUGUCAUGUUCAGGUAUCCAUGCCACAGCCCGUCUACUGGAGCUCCACCAGAGUCAAAGUCCCCUAAAACCACCAGGAAGGGAAGGUUACAUCAUCAGACCUACCUAAAACCCAAAGCAGUGGACUGUGACGUCAUCGAAACCCACAAAAUGCCACCAGCAAGAGGAUAGGUCAAGGUCCCUGAAGACUUCUAACGGAGGACUGCAACAUCAUCAACAGUUCCUUAAACCAGCAUUAGAAGACUACGACUUCAUCAGUGUUUCCCAAAACCACGGUUAAAGGACUGUGUCAUCGUCAAUAGCUCCUAAAACCACCGUUAAAGGACUGUGUCAUCGUCAAUAGCUCCUAAAACCACCAUCACACCAUAACAGAGACAAUAACACAGCAUGUCACAUAAAGAGCUUUAUCAGAGAAAAUGCAUUUCCACAUCAAUGGCCAAGUGUGAAACUAAUGUACGACCAGAGGAACCUCUGUGUGUGUGUGUGAGCGUGUGUGUGAGUGUGUGAGUGUGUGAGUGUGUG